GCAAGGUGCAAUGGUGCGAUCCUACAAUUUAAUUGUUCUAGCACAUUUAGAAGUGUUAUAACGGGAGAAGCGAAACGUGCCCAGUGUAGUAUCGUUUAUCGUGUCGUAACGAAAGUCAAGUGGAAUGCUGCAUGAUGCCUGGGAAAUCCGUACAAUCCGCCGGCUCGGAAAUGUGUUGCUAGGCGACCGUGUCCGUAACUCGGAGAUGUGAAGUGUGUGUGCGCGAGUGAAGCAAGGAAACGGUGGUGCUAAAGCCCGCGUAAAGUGUGCCUCUCAUAAAUUCCCCAAAAACCCCGGGCCCAGCAACCUUCUGAAAUCGCGCGGACAGGUGUUUCAAUAUUCGUGUGCGUGUGAGUGUGUCGCCGCCGGUACGAACCUGCUGCUGUUCGAAAGGAGCGUGAUCCUUCAACAACAUGAAAUGGAAAAAUAAGGAGCCAAAACAAUCGAUCUCCAGCGUAACGUCGAUGUCAUUCCUGUCCGACGAGAACCUAACGUUUCACCGCUUCUCCGAUGGGACCAUUUCGUUCACUUCCGAGCGCAAGAAAUCGAUGGCAAACGGUCUAGAUAACGGUGGCCCAGCGAUGACGAUGGCCGGUGGAGCAGGCGGCCCGAAGCAGCAGGGUGGCAACGAGCGGAUGACGAAUGGUGGAGCGAAUCUGACAAUUGAACGCCAGCGCAAGCACUCCUACACGCAGGCCACCGGGUCUCCCAUCUGGACGACCAACACGUCCUUCAACAACUACACGACCAACACGAUCACCAACAGCAACAACCGGCGCCACCAGCGCCAGCAGCCGGACCCCGAGGGGGGCGCAACGACGACGGCCGGCAUCCCGACGCUCAGCGACCUGCGCUAUCUGUCCUCGCCGACCAACCCGAACAACUCGAGCGUAAUCCAGAACGGGUCUACCGUGAAGCUCAUCUCUACCAAAGCGGGCGCCAACACCGUGGCACCGAGCGAUGAUCAGUCCAACAAACAGUCAAGAUCAUCGAUAUUUCGCGGUGUGAUACUAUGCCUCUGCCUGAACCUCACCUUCGCCAACGUGGUCCGAUUUCCCCGAGAACUGCAGCAGCACGGUUCAGCCUUCCUAGUACCUUAUCUUAUACUGCUUCUUCUAGUCGGCCUCCCGGUGGUACUGCUCGAGAUCUCGCUGGGGCAAUUUCUUGGACAAGGUUCGGCGCACAUGUGGCGCGCUGCUCCCUUCCUCAAGGGUGCUAGUUUAGUAGGACGUAUUGCAUCGUGGCUGGCGGCAAUAUGGACAUCAAUGCAAUCCGUGAUUGCACUGCUCUACAUCGGAAUGCUAGCAUUCAAAUCUGUGCCAUUGCGGGAGUGUUCCAAGUCGGUGACGAUCAACCCGCAAGCCAUCUACAAUGGCUAUGACGUACAGCAAAGCAGUGGACAGGAAUGUUUGAAAUUAACAUUUCUACGUCCAGUGUGGAGAAGUUCGCUGUACUUUGGCUUGCUGGCGUUGAGCCUAAUAUUGCUGUGGGUCAUUUCAAUGGUGUGCACGCAUAGCAGCAAAAUUAAUCGAAGAUCGAUCUACUUGUUCGGUUUCGUGGCGUUGAUAAUUCUGGUCUUCGAAACCGGCUGGGAAGUGACCAAAUCGAUCAACGAACAGUACAUCCCGGAAAUUUGGCCGUUUCACCCGGAAUCGUUUGCUGACAGCACGGUUUGGUUCAAUGCGCUGGUGCAGGUGAUCUACUCGCUCAAUAUCGGCAUCGGCGCCGUGCCGGUACUGACCGGCAAGUUUCUCUACAAAGGUGAUGCCAUCAAGACAUCAUUCGUGUACAUAUUUUUCAACGUCCUCAUCACAUCGAUCGCGGUAGUGUUCUACCUGUUCCAGUAUCAGAACAACUUUACUGAGGCGCACCCUUUCUAUCCGGAGCUGAGCACCCUUACCGUGAUAUACGAUCGAGCCAUAACGGUGCAGGAGUCGGACCCGACCGUACAACGAUUAAUACCGAGCCUGUCUUACGCGAUGAUCUUUGUCUCGUCGCUCGUUUCGAUUGCCAUCUACGUGUACACGUCGACCCGGAUUAUACGCAAGCACCCGAACUACACGGUGUGUCUGGCGGGGCUGGUGGUCGCAAUAGCGGGUCUAUUGUGCCCAAAUUACAUUUUCCCGCGGAUACUGGACACGCGCAUUGUCGGUGCGUUGAUCGUGUGCGCGAUGAUCUUCGAGAUUAUUCUCAUCAUUUGGGUGUACGGCUCGAAGAACCUGUACACGGAUCUGGAGUUUUCACUCGGCCGCCCAGUGCUGAGGGCUUGGCUGUUCAUCUGGGGCUCCAUUCCGGUGCUGCUGAUAGCGCUGCUGUGCUGGUGGUCCAUUACUUACUACGACAACGAUCUGCUGAUCGACUACUUUCCCAAGUGGCUACCGGUGGUGUUCAGUUUGGCCGUCAUCGUGUUGCUGGCUUGCGUGGAAAUCAGCAAGCAGGUCGAUUACAACAUUUUCAGCAUGAUACACGGUGCGACCAAGCCAUCGAAAGACUGGGGACCCGCGGACCCACUAGUACGGCACGCCUGGAAGCAGUGGAAGUCGGUGUGCGAGGACACCGGUGAGCGCGACUUCACGUUGCGGCGGCGCGGAACUAAAGACUAUACGAACUCGAUCAAGAAGGGCCAGUACUCGCACUCGCAAAAGUAUGGUGCCUCGUCGAAUCGGAAUCUCUCCACGGCCGGCAGUAACUCGCCCAACUACAGUGGCUCCGUGUUUGGUGAUUCGGCCAUUGAAGAGGACAUGAGUGUCGAUAAGUAUCCUCAUUAUAAGCACCACUCGAGUGCUGGUCAUGCCGGUGCCAAUGGGUACGGGAUGGAAACGACCGCUGCGCACGCAGACACCGACGACAAGUCACCCCGCAUUAUGGCCAACUCUCGCAAAUCUUCCCAAACCAUGGACCACAAGCGACCGGCGAACGAUCGGAACCAGCCCGAUCUGAUGCCAAGCUCACGCAAGACUUCCGACAACAGCUUUUCGUCGCGGAUAGAAAUAAUGCCGACCGAUGACGGGGCCUUCGGUCGGGCGGCCAUCGUGCGCAAUCCUUUGGCCAAAGCGCACUCUAACCACCACCAACGGCAUGGCCACCACCAGCAACAGCAGCCACAUCCGGAGGCAACUGUCCUGCAAGGUGUCGUCAACAAUGGUGUGCACCACUUGAAUCUGGCGCUGGCCGCAAACGGCAUGGUGCCGGUACAUUCAAAGCAGAGCAUAUCGUACCACCAAGAAGGAAGCAGAGCAGAAUGUCCACCAGACGGUGUCGGUGGUCCACGUCCACUUGGUUACAAUCGCGAUAUUUUCAUCAGCAACGGCAACGGCCACGUGACGGCCAACCCGGGCGGAGAGCAUCUUUGCUGGCGAAAGCUGUCCAUCAACUCGGAGGAAUACUCGACGGAGCUAUAAAAGUGUACCCCGAUCCCGGGCGACCGAUGUUAUUGUUACUGUUUAUUGUUGGUGUUUCUCCCGGAUCGCCUGUUUGUGCCUGCUUUUGUACAUAUUAGACAAGUUCUAGCAAAAAACCCAAAGCGCCUCAGGAAGCCCGGACAGUGAGAUACGCGCGCGGAACUGAUUUCAUAAGAACUUUGCGGGGGGUUAAGUGGAAGAGGGAUAAGAACGGUGGUAGGUGCGUCGCUGCUGGGGCCUAUGCUUAUUCGCAACCCAUUGAACUUGCGUUUCUUGUGCCCGAAUUUGCAUGUAUGGUUUGUUAUUUCUAAAUAACCAGAUUCCGAGUGCACACAACGAAUUGAGAAUGUUUCAUAGCUAUCCUCUGUCAGCUCCGCUUUUCACAGUAAUGGAAGUAAUAAAUCCUAUUUCGUUACCAUUUUUCUAUCGUUUCUAACAGUAGGUAGCUAGUUGGACGGUUGAAAAUGAAUACCAAUGCCUGGGAGUGCACUUCCCGUUAGAAAACAUUACACAUCGAGAGCAGCAUGCAAGCAAAACACACAACUAGGUUAGGUAGAAUGUUCGGCGUGGAUUUGGGGUCGCAGGAUUCACUAAAGAUAGCGCAAGAGAUCGAAAAAUAUACAAAACGAGAAAAGAAACUGGUGCCGUGCGGGAAGAUAUUCUUUCUUCCAUCUUUCUUUGCCGUACUCCGCGUGAAGCGAUAGGAGCUGUUAAAGAUAUCAUUGGUAUAUGCAUGGCCACAGACAGUGUUUGAACGUGUAUUGAAAGUUCGAUAAAUAGUUUAGCUAAACAAAAAACACACGCUAACAGGACGUGAGCUGUUUUGAGUUGGCAAAAACCAGAAAGAAAACUUUUACUCACAACCGUACAUUGUAAAGUCUCUCACGAACGAUCGAUCGACAAUGAAAUGGUGAAUAAUCGAAAUAAAUUGUUACUUAUU